GCAGGAUCCAACCCCCCUCUGGAGACGAAUCGUAUAAAAAAAGGGACCUUCGAAUGGGACCGAGAAGUUCAACUUCGAACGCGCUGGGAGAGACCGAGGAAUUUUCGAUAUCGUUUCCGAGUCGUCACUUCAUUUUGAAAAAAAUCACUCCACUAUGGCCGAUCCGAAGAUGGUCUGUCUGGACGACUACGAGAGGGUGGCCCUCGGCAAGUUGUUACCUUCGGUCAGAGAUUACUACAAAAGUGGUGCCGGUGAGGAAUUCACCCUUAAAUUGAACGUCGACGCGUUCAGGAGGUACAGGAUCAAGCCUAGAGUGUUGGUGAACGUUUCGAACCGCGACACCAGCACCUUCGUACUCGGUGAGAAAAUUUCUAUGCCCGUCGGUGUGUCGCCGACCGCGAUGCAGAGGAUGGCGACUCCCGAGGGAGAGUGCGCCAAUGUCAGGGCCGCCGCCGACGCUGGAACGGUCUUCAUUCUCUCGACAUUGUCCACCACCAGCCUGGAGGACGUCGCCGCGGCGGCACCCGGGGGAAUAAAAUGGUUCCAGCUUUACGUUUACAAGAAUCGUGACAUCACGCGUGAUCUGGUGAGACGGGCCGAAGAAGCUGGUUUCAAAGCUCUGGUUCUCACCGUGGACACCCCCAUGUUCGGUGAAAGGAGAUCGGACCGACGAAACAAAUUCACUCUUCCCAAUCACCUGACACUCGCCAACUUCAGCGGGAUCGAGGCGACGAAGAUAAACAAGACCACUUCCGGCUCGGGUCUGGCCGAAUAUUGUUCGAGUCUAUUCGACGACACGCUUAGCUGGGAAGACGUCGAUUGGCUGAAAAGCAUCACCCGGCUGCCGAUCGUAUUGAAGGGAAUUCUGACGGCUGAGGACGCUAUUCUUGGGGUAGAACACGGAGCCAGCGGAAUUUUGGUAUCCAAUCACGGAGCCAGACAGAUCGAUUGCGCUCCCGCUUCGAUAGAGGCGCUGCCGGAAAUCGUCGAGGCGGUCGGGGCCAGGGCCGAGGUUUAUUUGGACGGCGGCGUUAGGCAAGGGAUCGACAUUUUCAAGGCGUUGGCUCUUGGCGCUAAAAUGGUAUUCGUGGGACGUCCGAUACUCUGGGGUCUAGCUUGCGACGGCGAACGAGGCGCCAGGGAUGUCCUAAGGAUGCUGAAAAACGAACUAGAUCAGACUUACGCGCUCGCAGGCUGCAAGACCACCGGCGACGUUAAACGGGGGAUGGUCGUCCACGAGUCGAGCUACAGCCGACUUUAGCCGAAUUUCCCGCCCAUUCGUUACCUACGUGUACAUAUACAACGUGUUUUUACUUUUUACAAAAUAAUAUAUAAAUAUAUAUAUAUAUAUAUAUA